AUGCAGGACAGUUGUUGCAAUAAUAUGAAUAGAACUUCCUUAUAAUUCAGUACAUGUGUUUCCUCGUAAAAAUUCGCUUUUGCUAACUCCGCAGGGCGAACAUUUACAGAGAGAAAGAAGAAUUUAAGAUGGGCUACAUGACAGUAGAGGAGCACAGCUCCACCCUGCUCCACCUGAAGAGAUCCCCGGGCAUCCGCUCCUGGUCCCUUCUCGUUGGUAUAGGAUCUGUUGGGUUGGCUGCUGCAUACUACAGCUCAGACAGCAUCUUGUGGAAGCUUUUCUACGUGACGGGCUGUCUGUUUGUAGCCAUGCAGAACAUGGAUGAAUGGGAGGAGGCUGUGUUUGACAAAACCAAGAACCUGAUAGAGCUCAGGACGUUUAGCUUGUAUGCUUUCAUCCUGACAUUAUGGAAAAAGGGGCAAGAGAAAGUUGUGUUGGAUCUGACACAGCUGUGUGACAUCUGCGUCCAAGAAGAGAAGGUUCGCUAUUUGGGGAAGGGCUACCUUCUGAUGCUGCGGCUGGCUGCAGGCUUCUCCUACCCCCUGACUCAGAGCGCCACACUAGGAGGACGCAGUGAUGUGGAGGCCGUGGCUGCACUGCUGAAGCGCUUCUUGGGGCUGGAGGAGCUGCAGCAGCGCAGGCAGCAGGAGGAGGAGGCAGAGUAUGUAGAGGAGGAGGAGGAGGAGGAGGAAGAUUCUUUGGACAACAGCAGUGGAUCAGAUGGCGAAGAAGACAAACUGUGAUCUCUCUGUGACCUGCAACCCUGCUGAUAUUUCUGGUGGAUUGAUUAAGGGGCAUUCUGUCAUUGCUAUGACAUUACAGAGGGUGAUGUUUCAGUGAUGCCCUCACUACAUGUUAUACUAUUAGCAUGUGCAUGAGCCAAGGAGAUAUUUUCAGUUUUCCUCCCAGACUGUCACCCUUGUAUUUAUUUUCAAUGUCAGGUGGGGUCAUGGCAGCGUCCGGAGGUUAUAGUAAAAUGUUUUUAAAAUUUAUUUUCAUGUGAAAUGGGAUGGAAAAAUCUUCCAAUUCUGUCAUGUAGAUGUUUCAUAGUUUACUUAAAGUUUUCUAAAACAGCUCCAGGGAAUGAAAAAAAAUCUUUCAAUGUACCGUAAACUGCAGCUCUCUCUUUUUUUUUGAUCUAAUUACUAUUUGGGAAUACACUCCAGAUUAUAGAUAUUGUGCCUUCCUACUGAACUCUAAUACGUGUUUGUGUGUAAGUCAAUGGAAAGUGCUUUUCCCACAGUUUUCAUGGACCACCCAGUUGAUAAUCACCUUUCUGCAUGUUUUUUUUUUCAAAACCUGGUGCGCAAUCCGGAUGUGAAAACUGUAAUCAAGCAUGAGUGCCUCUCAAGGCUCAAUCAUGAGUUAAUUAUAUGCGAAAUGCUUUGGCCUGUUGCUGGUCUGUCUUUUAACCUUUAUAUACUUUUUGGGAACCAAAGACUCACUCUCAGGCAAACUGUUUGGUGUUUUGGACAAACUGUUUUUCUUUUUUUCUGAAAAGUGACAUUUACUAUUUGUAAUACACUGUCUAUGGAUAAACACCCCAUACACCCCAACUUCAAAAAAAGUAUCCCUUUAAAAGGCUGGUGGUGAAUUUUAUUGUGUUCUGCUGUGCUUUAAAGAAAAUUAGAUGAUUUUUUAAAAUGUUGUUUGAUGAUUUUAUUGUCUUUGUUUACUGUGAUACAUUUGGAGGAAUGAUAUAAAAUUCUUUUACAGUUAAACUCAAAGCCUUCUUCUAAUAUUAUUUCCUUUCUUUGCUACAAUUAGUGCAAUUUACACACACAGCAGUUUGCCCUUGGUUAAGUGCAAAUAUAAAGUCACUCCUGUUAAUUUCAGUGCUGUUCACAAAAAAAUUGCGGA